AGUAUUAAACUGAUUAUAAUAAUAAAUACAUUUAAAUUACAAUAAAAAUAAAAGAUGACCAAUUAUUAGGCAUGAAGAAAAUCGGGUAUUCCUCUUUUUUACCAACAUGUAUAAUUUGUAGGUGGUACAGGCGUUUUCUAUAAAUUAUUUUCGUUUAUGUUUAAUUUAUUUGUAUAAAUGAAGUUUUCAAGUUAAACUCAUGUCAAUAAAUAUGUAAUUAAAAUAUACUGAUGUAUUUAUUUCUAAAUUUUCUUUACAUCUUAAGCACACUCUAUCAAUUGUUUUCAAGAAAAAAUCUAGUAAGCGUAAGGAUAUACGAUUUUAAGGGGCACUCACUAUAUUUCCAUAGAAAAUUAUAAUGACAAUACAUAAAGAAGAAAAGUCGUCCAACCACAAUUUCGCGAAGAUUUGGAACAUGUGAACACUUAUAUUUAAAAUAAAAAUACUGGCGAAUUUAAGCAAAACGCCUUUUAACGUUCAACCAAAUAUCGAAUAUAAAUUGAAUUAUUUAGUAUCGUCUCUUUCCCCAACAAAUAAAAAUAUUUCAAAAUGUCUAAGUGAGGAGGCAAAUUUUACGGAACCUUUAGAUAAUACUAAUCUUACACUUACGAAGAUUCAUCGUAAAAGGUUUAAAAGUGUACUCAAAUUUUGGAGUAAAUUAAAAAUUCGAAAAGAUUCAAAGAAACGAUUUAACACAAAUUCUGUAACCUCCAGUUGGAGUCUUCGUCAUGCCGGGGAAACGAUGAAUACGCAAGUUCGAAAUGAAAUUCCGAGAACAAAGAAACAAAUCUCGUCCCGUCAAAACAGUGCUAGAAAUAAACAGAAUAUUAAAAUCAAACCAGUUAUCACAUACGACUAUGAUGCGGUUAUUAGUCAACCAGAUGUACCCAAUUUUUUCGGACAAAAAUACAACACCGGUGUACCCAUACGAAAAAAAGGUUGUUACACUCGUGGAAAAAGUAAAUUAUCGAGUAAAAAAACGUCAGAAACCGAGUCAGAAACAACUUCUAAUUCGAAAUAUCAAGACAAGGAAAAUGAAACCGUCGUUACUCUUGCUGAUGAGGAAACUGCGGAAAACGAAACUACUCCUAUUGAGGACGAAUCGACACCAAUUUUUUCUAAGAAAUAUUUUGCAAGAAAUGACGUACAAAAGAAGAAUGCUCAAAAAAGCGAUUGUGAAGAUAAAGACAAAAGUGAAAAUGAGAAAAAUUUUUAUAAUGUGACUCCUCGAUCGUUAACAUUGAAAGAUAGUAAAAUUCCUCGAGCAAAAUCGACCAAAUCACCGGCCAUAAUUCAAAUAUCUCGUAAUGAAUCAGUACAAAGAUUAUCUGUAAAAACUUCAAAAAAAUCGCUUGAUACGAUUUCACAUGCGAAAGAUAUGAAGUGCGUUUUGAAAAAAGAACAAAACUCAUUUACAUUUUUAAACGAUGAACAGGACGGAAAUGACGAGACAAUUAUUACAGAAACAACUCCUGCUGUUAUCGGUAGUGCUAGUGAUCCUUCAACCUUUACAGUUUUACAAAGGUUAAAACGGAGUCAAAAUUAUCGACCUUGCAAUAAUUACAAUCCUGAAUUAUCCAGUUAUCGAGAUAUUGAUGAUACACUAAGCGAUUCAAAAAGUUCACCGGAAAGAAAAUAUAUUUCGAAAAAAAAGUGGAGAUCUUUGAAACAUCGCAAGUAUAUAGACACAAGCUCCGACGAUUUUGACGUAUCAUCGGAUUAUAGUUCCCAGAGUAGCGAAAAGAAAAUAAAAAAUCGUAGAAAUGUUCCAAAUUCAGUAGCACCAUUAGCAAAAUCUUCCUUAACAACUAAGUCAUUGUCGAGAGUUCAAAAUCGUCGUGGAAAUACAUUUUCCUUUUUCAACGCUCUUUUCGAUAUCGUUUUUUGGCCUUUUCUUUUCCUCAAGUCGGAUAGAUGAUUUUGAUAAAUUAUAUACAUA